AUGAACCGGAGGAAAGCUGCGGCGAAAGGCGACCUGGCGAAGCUGAUAUGGUGCUUCAUCGGCGUGGUUGGCACGCUCAUCAUCUACGGCAUUGGCCAGGAGCGGAUAAUGAAGUUCCCGUACGGUGACAGGGACGAGGACUCGGAGUACUUCCAGCACUCGCUCUUCAUCGUGCUCUGUAACCGACUCAUGACGUGCGCUGUCGCAGUCAUCGUGCACCUGGUGACAGGAGCGUCGUUGGCUCUAGUGGCUCCAAUUUACGCCUAUGGCGCUGUGUCGCUCUCCAAUGUCAUCUCGUCCGGGUGCCAGUACGAGGCUCUCAAGUACGUGAGCUUCCCUCUGCAAACCAUAGCCAAGUCAUCCCGCAUGGUGCCCGUUCUGAUCUGGGGCACGAUCAUAUCGCGCAAGCAGUACAAGCCCAGAGAGUACAUCAUCGCCAUCACCAUCAUCCUCGGCUCCUGCCUCUUCUUCCUCAACGUGACUGCACGCACAAGUGUCAAGAGCACGUUCUCCGGCCUCCUGCUCAUGCUCGGAUAUCUGGGCUUUGACGGCUUCACCAACACGUUUCAGGACAAGCUGUUUGAGGGCUAUGACAUGCCGGCCGCCAACCAGGUGCUCUACAUCACGCUCUGCUCCUCUGUCAUCAGCCUUCUGGGCCUGCGUCAGGACCUAUCAGCGGCCAUUGCAUUCAUCAUGCGCCAUCCCGACUGUGCGCUCCACAUUGCAGUGCUCUCUGUGGCGGCCACCAUAAGCCAGUUCUUCAUAUCCUACACCAUCAAGACCUUUGGUGCUCUCACCUUCGCCACCGUCAUGACCACUCGCCAGCUUCUCAGUAUCGUACUAUCAUCUACCGUCUACGGACCGCCCCUCUCCUCCACACAACAAGUCGGCACAGUAAAACCCCCCGCUUCUCUUUCUUCCUCUCUUAUCUCUGCCCUCAGCCACUGCUCUCCCCACUGCACCAACCUUUGCCAAAUAGCCGUCUUCAGUGCACUCCCCCGCAAGCAUGUGAUUCUGAAUCAUCAAAAGCACCCUCCUGCAUCUGCCACUGCACUCUCUCGUAGCGGUGUCCAACCAGAGCAGCAGCAGUUUGGAGACGUCUCCAAUAUGCCCAUUCCACUCCCCCCUUUCACCACCCUUCACCAGGUGGUGGUCUUCGGUGCUCUCUACUACAAGAAUGACUUAAUCACACUCUGCAACUACACCCUACAUCUGUGCACUCCCCCCCACACCCCUUCAUCAGGUGGUGGUGUUCGGUGCUCUAUACUACAAGAGCUGUGCGAGUGGGGGCAAGGAUCAGGAAAAGCUCGGAGUUGCAAUCACCCCGCCCUCUAG